AUGAUGAACACACAUAAUUUACAGGAUGAAGAAAUCGACGGAAGAAAUAACAUUAAUAUGAAUGAAACACCAUCAAAAAGGUCGCAAAUACCAACACGAUCUCGUCAUUCAGCUAAUUCAAAUGGUAUCAUGGAAAAUGGUAAUGUGUCAUUAUCAGAAUCUAUACCAUCAAAACAACCAAAACAAUUUGAAAAGAUAUUAGUUAAUGAAUCAACUUUAGAAGAGUCUAUACAUUCGCCAUUAAAUUAUUCAAACGCAGUUAUGUAUCCAUCAGAAUCACCAUCUGCACCAGUUCAAAGUUCACUUUCAACUGAAGCAACUAUUGAUCCUAUGUCAAAAUAUCAACAAAUUGAAUUAGCUACAGUUACAGAUGAUGACGAUUAUGAUGAUAUUGAUAGACAUCCACAAAAAUCUCAACAAUCAAAAGAUACUGGAACAAUUGAUCAUGAUGCGUUUUUAACAUCAGUUACAACGCUAAGCGAAAGUGAUGUUAUUGAAAUACAUGAAUUUAGUUUAGCUGAUAUUGAUGCAUAUCUUGAUAUUUAUUUUGAAGUACUUCAAAAUCGUUUAGCUCAUUUUAUUGGUGAAGAUGAUCAAAUACAACGAUUUCGUACAGCAGUGAAAAGUCGAAUUAAUAACGAUUUAAAUGCACGUGAAUUUCGUAAUGUUCUUCUUGGCAAAAUAAACGGUGAAGUUGUAGCAGCAGUAACAUUAUCAUUUCCUGAAGAAACAACAACUAUUUCAAAUAAUGAUAUACUUCCACAAGUAGAUUCAUGUAUAAAAUCAAUGCGUCGUUGGAUGGUACGAAACGCAAAUUAUAUUCCAAAAAAUACAAAUGAAUGUUACAUUGAAAUGAUCGGUGUUAAAAAUUCAUAUCGAAAUCAUGGUAUAGGUGCAGCUUUACUUGAAUGUGUUGAACAUUUUGCUCGACAAGCAGAAGCACUUCUAUUAACCGUUCAUACUAAUGGAGAACAAUUAAGAAAUUAUUUUACACGUUUUGGUUUUAUGAUUGAUCAUUCAGAUAGUUCAGCACUUUGGAAAUGGGCUGUUGAACGGCAAAGUAUUAAUAAAAUGUCGAAACUUAUUUCGCUCGAUAGUGGAAAUAAUUAUGACAAUGCCGAUAAUACUGGUAGUUAUGUUAAUGGAAGUAUCGUUGAAAGUGAACUCGAAUAA